CAGAAAUUUGACAGAGGAAGUGGCUGUCCCUGUGAACUUUGGUUCAUACCCUCCUUGAUAAACGGUGGUUGUCCUUCCUGAAAGCGCUCUGGACUAAGCGAUGCCAUGGCGACGGAGGGGGAGCCGACCGACGCGAUCAAAGUGUUGCACCUGCUGCUGCUCGCCUUCACCUGGGGCAUGCAGGUGUGGGUCUCCUUCAUUGGAGGUUUCGCUCUGGUGAAGCAGGUGUCGCGGCAUACCUUCGGUUUGGUCCAGAGCAAGCUGUUUCCUGUCUACUUCUACUGCCUGCUGGGAAGCAACUUCACCAGCCUGGCCGUGUACGCUGUGUACCACCCCAGAGAGCUGCUGGACUGGCACGAAGGCGUGCAGAUGCUGAUGUUCUUCGUGGCGCUGAUAACGGCAGGCCUGAACGCCCAGUGGUUCGGCCCAGCGGCCACCGAGGUCAUGUUCCAGAUGAGGGCGGUGGAGGAGGAGCACGGUCUGGGGAACCAGGUGGGGCUGGGCAGCCAGAGGGAGGACUACGCCAAGCUGAAGGAGCAGGACCCAAAGUACCGGGCCUACAGGAAGACGUUUGGACGGUACCACGGCCUGUCCAGCCUCUGCAACCUCGUCGGCUUCCUCUGCGUCACAACUAACCUGGUCUACACCGCUCUCAAGCUGUCCACCAUUUGAACUCCGGUCAUUUACAGGCGUGUCUGGUCCGCAGGCAUUCAUGCAGCAUUCCCAGUUUCCCACAUUUUAUAAAAAAAUUUAAAAAAAGUUUCAUUGGGAUUUAUUGCGACAAACGAACAUAAAAUAGUACUAAAACGGGAAAUGGUAUUUCAAAUCUACAGGGGACCUAAUGCAAACAUCAACUAACUACAUAUUAAAAAAAAGAUGGAAAAACAAACAAGCGAGACGCUCAGAUGUUUAAGAAUAAAAUACAGUACAUUUAUUAAAAUGAACCCAAUGUUGUAAAUAUUAAACAAAAAGGGGGAGAAACUAUUCUUUAAACUGAGAAGUUCCACUAAUGUGUAAUAUAUGAGUCAAGUGGUUCACUUUGGGUUGAAUUGAAAGAACAAAAUCUUCUCCAAUAACAAGAAGUUAUUUAUAAUAAGCUCAGUCCAAAACACAAUAUUAUUGUCCAAGACUGGAGCAAGUGAAUUUUUAUAGUAAUGUCAGCAUAAAAACUUCUUAUAAGGCCAAAAUGACUUUGUAUGAAAUUUAAAAAAAAAGACAAAUGUUUUGAAGCUGGUUUACAAAAACUUGUUGAAGUUUAAUUUCAGGAAUAUAAAUACUUUAAAACUGCAACAUCACCCUGAACACACCAUACCCACAGGGAAACAUAGUGUUAGAAGCAUCAUGUUUUGGAUGUGUUUUAUUAUUAUUAUUAUUAUUAUUGUUAUUCCUUUUCAUUCUGUAGAGACAGAGAGGAAGAUGCAAAAAUGUUUUGAAGUCUGUGGAACAUUUCCAUCUUGUGUUGAUGUUCCAUUAAAAAAAAAAACAUGUUUCUUUUUCUGUUCACUUCUCAAUCGCACCACGUUGUGUCGGUAUGCCGCAUAAAGUUCAGCCACAUUUGUGGUUGUAUCAUGAAACGAAUGUGAAAAUGUUCAGAGUAUGAAUAAGAUAGUCAGAGAAAAUACUUGGAUGUAGACUAGUUUAUGUCAUAAGCGAUCCAGAAUUUGAAAUGUAUUUUUGCAAUCGCAGCACAGAUGGACGGAGAUGCUGUUAUGUCGAUCUAAGCAGAGAUUAUGGAACAAACAUGCAGCUGUUGCUUACUUCUGACUUUUACUGAGGAAAUUAUUCAUCCAUUAUUUUUCUUGUAAAGGAUCCAUUGAUAUUUUUUUUUUUUUUUUUUUGCUUUAACUACAUAUACAUUGUCUGCUGAACAAUCUGUUUAAACACUGAAACAAAUUAGAACAUCUUUUUGCAGUUGCUCUGUUUCUCCAGCAGAUGGAGACACUUAGCCAUAAUUUCCCAGUCCGUAUCAACAUCGACGCUGCAUUUCAGCUGUUCUGUUAUGUUAGAAGUUUUCCAGCUUGAAAUUAACACUGUGAAUAAUGGAAUAAAUAGAAGAUUUAUGAAUUA